GAUAGCCGCCCUAAAGCAGAGAGAACCGCGUCCUUGAAGGAUAGCCGGCCUCCUUUUUUUCACGCGUCUCAAAGACUAUCAAGGGCCCCUGCCGGGAGGCGGAGUCUUUUUUUAGCAGCAGCAUCUCCACGGACCAAAACCUGAUUUUUCCUCACUAUCUUAAUUGCCAGAACAGUGCGCCGGGAUCUAACAGUUCAAUAUGUUUAGGGUCCUGACUCCAGAUGUAUUAUCCUGGUUUGGUGGAAUAAUCAUCCAGUCACAAGUUAUAACAGCAAGAUUUGUUGAAGGCACUAUUCAAUCCGUGGGAAACAACGCGACAAAAAAAAGGAUGUUUGCUAUCAUCUGAAAAGUGUUUGGUGUGCUCAUAAAAUAGAGCAAAUAUGGACGAUGAGCCUGGCAGACAUAAUAAGCAGGAGAGCAUAUUACACAAUCAACGUUUGAAUCUACAAGGUCUUUCAUUAAAAUAUUUGAGAGAGAUCACAAAUGAUUUCUCUGAUGAGCGGCUACUUGGACAAGGUGGUUUUGGUAGGGUGUAUAAGGGAGUUCUAGCAAAUGGGGAUACCAUUGCUGUGAAGAAGCUUACAUGGACAAUGUCAGGACUUCAGGAUAAGCAAUAUGAGAACGAAGCCCGUCAUCUCAUGAGGCUUAAACAUCAAAACAUAGUGCAACUUGUAGGAUACUGUUCUGAAACAGAGAAGGAACUUGUACUGCACAACGGGAAAUACGUUUAUGCUGAGAAGUCAGAAAGGUUGCUUUGCUUGGAGUACCUGCCUAAUGGAAGCCUUUGCAAGCAUCUUUCCGAUGCAUCUUCUGGACUUGAUUGGGAUACACGCUACAAAAUUAUUAGGGGUAUUUGCUAUGGUUUACAUUAUCUUCAUGAGGAGUGGCAAGCUAGCACCCCUAUUAUUCAUAUGGAUCUUAAACCUGCAAACAUAUUGCUUGACGAUGAUAUGGUGCCAAAAAUUGCUGACUUUGGUUUGUCGAGGGUCUUCGGUGAGCUACAAACUCGAACCAUUACAAAAAAUCAGUAUGGAACACUGGGUUACAUGUCACCGGAAUACUUAAUCAAAGGCAUAAUCACAAAGAAGUUAGAUAUAUUCAGUUUGGGCGUAAUAAUCAUAGAGAUAACUACAGGAGACAAGCACUACCCUGAUAAUGUUGAAACAUCAUCCGAGGAAUUCAUUGGGCUUGUUCUUACAAAAUGGAAAAUUAGGGUCGAAAAAGUACAAGGGUAUACAUCCCGAGAAUUUGAUUGCCAACAAAUAAGAAGGUGCAUUGAGAUUGGUCUACUCUGCGUGAAAAUUGAUCGGGCGGAAAGGCCAACAACACGACAAAUUAUCGAGAUGCUCACAGAGGGUGGUGCAGAAUGCAGCAGCAAGAGGGAGGGAAUUAAGUUUACCAACCACGCCGCCGCGCACCAUUCCGCUGAGCUCCCACCCUCCUCCCCCUCCGACGACGAGGGCGACGGCGACGGUGGGGCUCCGGCUCUGCCGCCGAAGCCCCGCCACCUGGCUGCGGUCACCUUCGCCGAGACCAGCGGCUCCCUCCUCCACUCCUCCGACGAUGAGGGCGAGUACGAGGAGGAGGAAGAGGAGGAGGACAAUGCCGCCGCGGAGGAGGCCCGCCCCCGCGCCGCUGCCGGCCAGUCGAGCGGCUCCCUCUCCCCCGCGCACUGGAGGGGCGGCAGGUCCCGCGGCUGCUACAGGUGCGGGAAAGGGGGCGGCUUCUGGGGCCGCGACAAGGAGUCGUGCCUCGCCUGCGGGGCGCGGCACUGCGCGGGCUGCGUGCUCCGGGCGAUGGGCUCCAUGCCGGAGGGGCGCAAGUGCCUGGACUGCAUCGGCCGGCCCGUGGCCGAGUCCAGGCGGGAUGCGCUGGGGCGAGGGUCGCGCGUGCUGCGGCGCCUGCUCAGCGCCGCGGAGGUGGAACUGGUCAUGAGGAGCGAGCGAGAGUGUGCCGCGAACCAGCUGCGGGCGGAGGACGUGUACGUCAACGGGUCAUGGCUGUCGCCGGAGGAGCUCGUGGAGCUGCAGGGGUGCCCGUGCCCGCCUUCCAGGCUCAGGCCUGGCUUCUACUGGUACGACAAGGUGUCCGGCUUCUGGGGGAAGGAGGGACACAAGCCCCAUUGCAUAAUCAGUGCAAAUCUCAAUGUUGGAGGUUCACUAGCUCAAAAGGCAAGCAACGGAAACACCGGAAUAUUGAUUAAUGGACGAGAGAUUACCAAGUCUGAACUGCAAAUGCUUAAGUUGGCUGGGGUCCAAUGUGCUGGGAAACCUCAUUUUUGGGUGAAUGCUGAUGGGACUUACCAAGAGGAAGGCCAAAAAACUGUUAAAGGGAAGAUCUGGGAUAAGCCUAUAGUGAAGCUUCUUAGUCCUGUCCUGUCAUUGCCAACUCCAAACAAAGCAACUAAUCAAUGUGGUGAAGAAGCUGUUCACAUGGUAAAUCGAGCUAUUCCUGACUACCUGGAGCAAAGGACUAUCCAGAAGCUUUUGUUGGUUGGGUCAGGGGCAAGCACCAUACUCAAACAGGCCAAGUUCUUGUACAAGAGCAAACCAUUUUUAGUGGAUGAGCGUGAAGAUCUGAAACUUGUCAUACAAAGCAACAUAUACAACUACCUUGUCAUAUUACUUGAAGGCCGUGAGCGGUUUGAAGAUGAAGCUUUAGCUGAUAGAAGAAGAAACAGUCAGCAUGACCCUUCUAGCUCUGGCCGCUGUGAAUCUGGGUUCUCUGAUGAAGUUACUGAAUACUCCCUUAUUCCACGCUUGAAAGCAUUCUCUGAUUGGAUUCUUAAGGCAAUGGCUUUAGGUAACCUUGAAGACAUUUUCCCUGCAGCUAGUCGUGAAUAUGCACCACUUGUUGAGGAACUAUGGAAAGAUCAUGCUAUUCAAGCUACAUAUAAACGAAGAAGUGAACUGCCAUUCCUUCCACCUGCUGCCAAUUAUUUUCUUGACAAGGCUGUUGAUAUUUCUAGAACUGAAUAUGAGCUCUCUGAUAUCGAUAUACUGUAUGCUGAUGGAAUUACAUCCUCGGAUGGGCUAGCAUCAACAGAAUUCUCUUUCCCACAGAUGUCUUUGGGUGGACAGGGCGCUGAUGAGCCUGAUCCACAAGACACCUUGCUAAGGUACCAGCUGAUCAGGAUAAACAACAGAGGUUUGCAUGAAAACUGCAAAUGGCUGCAAAUGUUUGAUGAUGUGAGGCUUGUUAUCUUCUGUGUUGCUGCUAACGACUAUGAUGAGUACUAUGAGGAUGCAAAUGGCACCAUUGUCAACAAGAUGAUAGAGAGCAGGCAGCUGUUCGAGAGCAUUGCCCUUCAUCCAACAUUUGAGCAAAUGGAUUUCCUCCUCCUACUCACCAAGUUUGAUCUCCUAGAGCAGAAGAUUAACAGCUACCCUCUAACAUCGUGCGAUUGGUUCGAUGACUUCACUUCCCUGAUCAGCCGCAACCUGCUCAACGACAGCAGCAGGAGCACCCGGAGCAGCCAGACCGGUGCGACGCUGGCCCAGAUGGCCGCGCACUACAUGGCGACAAAGUUCAAGAGGCUGUUCGGCUCCCUCACGGGGCGGAAGCUCUACGUGUCGUACGUGAACGCGCUGGACCAGGAGUCGGUCCGGUCCGCGAUCCGCUACGGCCGGGAGAUCAUCAAGUGGGAGGAAGAGAAGCCCGUGUUCGGCGCCAGCGAGACGGUUUACAGCGAGGAGCCGAGCACCUUCACCCACUGACCUGACCCCCCACAACCUUUGUUGUGUGCAGAGAAGAGGUGUAAAUAUCUGUGCAUUUCGCCGUUUCUUAGAGUUGUUCCCCCCAUUCCUUUUGUUCGUAGCUGAUCAUUGCUUGUAUGGCUGUUAGUUGUUUUGCAAGUAGAAUGAUGAGGUGCGCAAAGACCGGCCCAUUCUGAUUCUUGUAAAUUGUAUUAUGAGUUGCCUGCAUUUUAUUUGAUGCAUUCCUCCCAAGAGUAUGCAUCCUCCA